GUGCUUCAUGGAGCAUCACUGCAGCAUUACUUGACAUUUUGACGGCACAUUCUGAAAUAAACGAUUACCAUGGAAAAGCUGACACUUCUGCUUCUCUUCAUGACAUUCUCUCAGGGGGACGCAGCAGCUGAUGGCUGCCCCACUGGAUGGUCAGCAUUUGGACUGAAAUGUGUCAAAUACUUCGCAGCAACACUGGACUGGAUGGCUGCAGAGAAGUCCUGUCAAACUUUUGGUGGAAAUCUUGCAUCAGUGCACAGUAAAUCUGAAAACGAUGUUCUGCUGAACAUGGUGCCUGGUACAACACGAACUUGGAUUGGUGGUCAAGAUGCUGUAAAAGUGCGUCCGCUCCGCAUCGAGUUGAAAACAUCUCAACUUUUCAGGAUGCCGCAGCGCAAGAAUAUCAGACCUGAACCAGGAAGUUGGUCACCAGAUCACAGGGUAACCAGUUAAAUUGCAUGGAGACACCGGUACGGUGUACAUUUUAGGACAUCCUCAGACCUCAGUCAUUAAAUGAAAAGGCGUCAUGCCUCAGACUAAAAGGCUUCAGUCAUUGGACAAAACGGCAUCGCGCCUCAGACUGAAAAGCUUCAGGUCUCAGGAAAAACGACAUCAGGUGUCAGGUCUCAUACAAUUAGGCAUCAGACGAAACGGACUCAGACCAAAAGGCAUCAGACCAAACGGACUCAGACCAAAAGGCAUCAGACGAAACGGACUCAGACCAAACGGACUCAGACCAAAAGGCAUCAGACGAAACGGACUCAGGUGGACUAUCGCGUAGCCCCGCCCCAUGUGACGUCACACGCACGCGGUUCAGAGGAAGUGUAUGAAACGGUUGAUGGAUGGCAAAAGGAGAACAGAAAUAUGGAAAGGUUGAAGGUGUAUGAAACUCUCAGACAACAACUGGAUAAUGAUGAGAUUACUCAAAAGGGCUUUGAUGCCAGAGUAAAGGAUUUAUUGCUUGAACGUGGUGCAGAAGGAACAUCAGAGACCAGCAAAACAAAAAAUCCGAAGGCAUUCAUGGAUGCAGCACAAGUUUUUACCAAGGCAAAACAAUUAAUAAAACCACAAGUGAAGAAAUGCCAGUUUCCCCUCCGUCAAAAAGGAAAACCCCUUUUAAAGAUAAAAAUGGCUCCCAUGGAGUGGAAACCAAGAACUGCUAAAAAACCAGGAAGAUAUCAAAAAAUCAUCCUUGAAGAGGCCCCGCCACGUAUAAUUGUCACAGGCACUGAGGGGUAUGAUGAGCUCCUAAAACUUGGCCAGGAGACAUUUUGGACAGACGAGAGAGAGGGGAGUGUGUUUACUCUCUGCCAAGCAGAUGGGACGAGGUGGACAAAGGAACAGUUCCAUCAGGAAUUUGAAUCCGUGGCAGAGAUCCCAAACGUUUGGAAGCGAACAUUUUACAUUGGACGUAGAGAAAUGGAUGUCAUUUGCCUUGAUGAUAGCAGCUCAAUAUCAGGAAUUGGUGAAAGUGAAGUGGACUCAUCUAUGGAUUUCCAACCAAAGAGAUCCAGAAGUUUAGGAAGAUGUACAGACCAAAGUGUAGUGAGGGGGUUAGGUUCAGGCCAGCAUGCUGGGAGAUCAGAAAGCGCUGAUCAAGUUCCAGAGCAAAGUGCAAGUGGGUACACUCCUCCAGAACUUGUUGCAGAGAAACCCAUCCAGGAAGGCAUAGGAUCUGCAGAAAAAGAUAGAUGUCCACAAAAUCAAGUGUUAUAUGUGUCGUCAAAUGUUGUAACCAUAUUACCAUCAUUGUAUGUUCCGCGCCUCCCAUAUGUGGACGAGUCGCAAAUCCAUUUCAAAGAAGAGAACCUGCUGGGUGAAGGUGCAUUUGGAAGAGUGUAUAGAGGCUACUUUCAGGGCACCCCUGCUGCCAUUAAAAAUAUUCUCUAUGGCACUGCAGGACUUCCAGACCAAGAUAUCCAGCACGAGAUUCUGGUCUCACUCAGACUGAGCCACCCCAAUAUUGUUCGACUCAUGGCUGCAGCCCGCACUGACAAUGCCUUCCUGCUGGCCAAUGAGUAUAUACACGGCACAACCCUGGAGGAUGCACUACACAAUGACAAUUCUUGUGUUAAGCUUGAAGGAGAUGACAGUUAUUUUGUUGCCCUCGACAUCUCGAUGGCCAUUGAGUACAUCCAUUCCAAAAAUGUCAUCCAUCAAGAUUUAAAGCCACCCAAUAUUUUGAUCGACCAGUUCUCAAAAAAGGCUGUACUGACAGACUGGGGCCUUGCCAACAUCAGAGACACGGUUGUACUACGACAAGGAAGCAGACUUACUGGAGGAGGAAUAGGGCCAAUGGGUGGAACCUUUCUUUAUAUGGCCCCAGAGUGUCUGGUUGAAUUUGAACAGGCUUCCAGAAGUUCUGACAUCUGGUCUCUGGGAGCAACAUACCUGGAGAUUUUCACGAAAUCAGUGCCAUGGACAGUGAAAAACCAAAGAGAGUUGUGCAGUCUAAUGGCCAAAAAGGUGCCACCACAUGCUUUACAACAUCUGAGUGACAAGUACCAGUUUAUUGGUACAAUGUUACACUAUGAUGUAGCAUCGAGACCUGAAGCUUCCUCUGUGGUGCUGUCCCUAAAAACAGUGGAGGGGCCAGAUUUAAAGAGCCGUUAUGGUUACGAAUGGUAAAUGUUACAGAUUAUCACAUGGACUGUGCAAGUUGUCAUUUCAGUUUGUAGUACAAAAACCAAUGUUGGUAAAAUGUUAACAUUAUAAUCACAGCCUUUCUCUCUCUCUGUCUAACACUGCUGGUAUGUUUCAUUAUUUGUUUCAAUGUAUGUUCACAUCAUUAAACAUGUUUUGCAUCUUCA